AUUUUUUUCCAAUAAAAGGGACCAACUGUAAAACUACAAUGAAUCUAUAAAUGUAUUGUGUAUUACUUUUAUAUGCAUAGCCUACAAAUGUGUUAUCCUAAUUUUGUAUUUAUUAUUUUAUAUAUUUAUUCAAUAAUAAAAAUGAAAUCUUUAUGGCUCGUGUACUGCUGAUCUUCUUACAGACUAGUGUUAUCGAUGGAGCUUUAAUUAUUAGGUUGUAUCAAUGACGUGCAGACUGAAAAUGGGGAGUGGUCUGUUAAAGUAGCGACUUCAAAGCCAAACCCGACUUCCUUUCUGUACGCACUGUAACACUGACACCGUUACCGAAAGGAUUCAAAGCCGGCUGAGGCAGCAGGUAUUUCACUCGACAGGCCAGCAGAGUGUAUUAUCCUCACGUGACCUUUAAGUAGGCCUGCAUGAAAGCGCUCACUCAGCAAGAGAAGUACUUCCUCAGAAAAACCACAUCCUUCCAUCUCUUCCGCCUCUCGCUCUCUCUUUCUCUCUCUCUCUCAGUCACCUUCAUUGACACAUGUCAAGUGCCGUCAUACAUGCACUUUUGCACGUGCCAACGUUCUUCAGUUUGUCAAAGGCGCUUCUAGUCAAGCCAACUUUGGCUUAUUUCCUGUUCACCUCAGCGCAGCACAGUCAACGCUUUCCUGGCAAACAAUGAGUCGAAGUUCUAAUCAAGCAGACGAAUGCUUACGGUCAAGCAGCGCUAAUACUGAAACCCCAGAUAAGUUUGCUCUAAGUCACUACGGGCUGCUUUUAUUGCUCAGUCAUCACUCUCCCAGUCAUUGCUGUGCUCCGUCUGAGUGUGGCCGCUCACGGAGCCGCGCAGGCGCCGCGAGCGGCCCCUCGGCUGCUUCCUUUGCCCCCGAGGUCCCGUUUCGAUUCAGAGGCCACGUGAUCUCGCCCGGGUUCUGUGAGAACUGAGCUCGAGUCAGUUCCACUUGAGAACGGGGGCUGCGUGACGCACCCUGACAACAUUUAAUCUGUAAAGAUCAUUUGUGAUCUUAUUUUGAAAACGAGCCACAGGACCACGAGAAAUAUCUGUACACGAAUGCAAAUUACAGCGGGUUAUCAGCGAUUAGUAGAAGAAUUCUCACUCCCACAAAUUCCACGGUUUGUGGAGGUUUGUGAGAAACACGUCGUCCUGUGUGGAGCCGGCAUCAGUUUACACAGUUUGGUGUCGACCCAUCUAUUAUUAGCAUCUGCAUGGAUCAAGUGCAGACAAAGCUCAUGUUCAUGUGUUCAUGCAGCACCUUUUAAUUGUUUUACAUGAUAAAGUGACUAAUCUGAUCUGGGUUUGAUCCAAAAGGGGCAUGUUUGUUUUUAACCCACUCCUCUGUGUCAUAAAGCUCAUCAACGUAAACCACUUCUUGGAAUAACGUUGAUCUUUACGAGAGAGAGCUGUAAAAUCAAUAUGUGUGUGGAGCUAAAUGAGUAGUGCAUGAUAUUUUACUGAAAUUACCUCAUCACUCAGUUGUAACAAGGAGAGAAAGGAAGGAGUGUGAUAAAAAAAAAAAAAAAGCACAGAGGAAGCGGGCGGGAUGGUUUUAAAAGGCAAAAUAGCGAUUCUUUUCUUUUUUUGAAAAACGAGACCGACGGCACCAGUGGAAAACAAUGAAGGUUGUAGGAGAGAGUAGAAGCCAGGGGGGUCUUAAGAAAAACAGAGACAGGAUGAACGCGAGGGCCCGAACAGGCGCUUUUCAGAAUGAGUCAACAGGACAUUUUAUGAAUACACACUUCUGGUCCCUCUGCUCAGUCUCACACUCAGAGGGUCCUGGGUCACAGCGUGUCUCGUCUCCUCAGGCACAAUGCAGCCGCUUCCCGUCGUUUUCGCCGUCCUGUCCGGCCUGUGCUUGCUCUCGUCCGUGCUCUGCACGGAGUGCAACAGGACCCAGUACAAAUGGCCGGUGAAACAGCCACAUCUGUGCUGUAACAAGUGCUUGCCAGGUCAGCACAUGACGUGGCGCUCGCCAACAGCCUGCAUGAUCGAUUGCGUCCCGUGCCCGGAGAAGUUAUUUAGUGAUUCCUACAAUGCGGAGCUGCAGUGCGAAAUCUGCAGGAGCUGCACGAAGCAACACAUGGUUGAGGCGUCAGCCUGCAACGCCACGCACGACGCCGUGUGCACGUGUCAGGCGGGGUUCACCUGCGCGGACCGGGCCUGCAGCGAGUGUGUGCCGACACGGGCCACCACCCGGCCCGCCCCCACGCCUGGCGCCUCAACAACUGAAACCACCGGGAGACGGUCCAAGUCUGUCCCAGACACCGUGUGGUUCCUGGUCAUAACUGCUCUCCUCUGCGCUGGAAUCGCACUUGUGCUGGUGACAAAAAUCUCACCCUUUCUGCAGUGGUUCAGGUUGAGGCACGGCUACUUCCUGGCAGAGAAGCCUGCCGUCCUCCAGUGUGCUGCGGACGAGGAGGUCUCCAAGCCCGUGCAGGAGGUCUGUGGGAAAUGCGACCAACCCAUCGACGUAUGAUCCACCAGCGACGCGGGCCUCGGAGCCUGCACUCGGAUCCUCGCGUAUUUGACGGGCGUGGCGAAGCCAAGCGUGCUGCCGGUCUGGACACCGGCUAAUCGCUGAUGACGGGGUCAAGCCGCCGCCGCCCCCCGCUGACUGACGGAGCCGCAGAAAACGGACUGUACUGUAUGUUUGAAGACUGACACGAUUCUAGGAGCCAGAAACUAACGGAGGGGCUGUUGCACUAUGGUGUUGAAGUGCGGUAUGUACUAUGGUACAAAAAGGUUGAAGAUAUUACACAUCUUUGAUGAUGUUUGGGUUUGUAAAUAGACCUUUGGCGUUAGCUUGGCACACGUGUACACUAUGUUGUAUGUAAGUGUUUCUUUUGUACAAAAUCUCU